AUGGCACCGCAGCCCGACACCGAGGCGUACGCUACUGACGUCCCAAUCGACGACCCUUCGAUCCUCGAGCCCGCACCCGAGACACCCGGCGAGGCCCACGAUAUGCUUCACAAGCCGGACGCGACCUCACUCGCCGGCAACACGACCGAAGCUUUCGCGCCCACCCAUGUCUACCGAGCCGACAUUGACGGUCUCCGGACCGUUGCGAUUGUGCCCGUCCUGCUCUUUCACGCAUACCCCGAGACGUUUACGAGCGGCUUCAUCGGUGUCGAUGUCUUCUUUGUCAUCUCUGGUUUCCUCAUCUCCGGCAUCCUCUUCAAGGAAAUGACUCAAGGCUCGUUUUCGUACGCUAGCUUUUACAGCCGCCGCAUUCGCCGCAUCUUCCCGACGCUGCUGGCCAUGCUGUCGACGACGUGGUGGCUCGGUGUCUUGUACUUGCUGGCCGCGCCGCUGAAGCGCCUCGCUGCCACAAUGCUCGCGGGCUCGCUCUUCAGCGCCAACCUCCAAGUGCUCUCGCUGGACCAGGGCUACUUUGACGACAGCGUCCAGACCAACCCGCUUUUGCAUCUCUGGUCGCUAGGGGUUGAGGAACAGUUUUACAUUGUUUGGCCGUUCGUCGCCAAGAUUGUCGCGUCGCUCGACGUUCGGCGCGCACUCGCGCUGCAAGUUGGCCUCGCUGCGCUGAGCUUUGUUCUGAACCUCCUGUUUCUUGGCUUCCACGGCUCCCACAAGUACGCGUUCUACCUGCCGCUCGCGCCACCGACGACGUCCUUUGACCCGCUGAUGACGCGUGCCUCGUACAUGCUGCGGACAUAUGCGCGAUCGCUCACGGGCGUGGCGAUGUUGCUACUGACGGUGGCGUUUCUCGCACUCGACGAAGCCAGCGCGUUUCCGGGGGCCUGGGCUCUCCUGCCGACCAUCGCGGCCGCGCUUCUGAUCGGCGUCGGUCCCACGACGCCGCUGCACACGCAGCUCUUGAGUGCGCCCUCCAUGGUGCUUGUUGGCAAGCUCAGCUACGCCUUGUACCUCUGGCACUGGCCACUUCUCGUCUUUGCCAAGGCGCGGUAUCCGAACGCCGACACGCGACCACUGUACAUGGCGCCGGGCGUGAUGCUUCUCGUGUCCGUACUGCUGGCGUGGGUCUCGUACGCGUCGAUUGAGGCGCCGCUGCGGUCGCGCCGGUCCAAGAAGGUGGUUGUCGGCUUGAUGCUGGCGAUGCUGGCCAUGACACUGCUGGCCGCGUGUACCUAUGCGAUGCCGGCGCAGGUGUCGUUGACGCAGAUGGAGCUCGACGCAGCGCUACAAGACGAGAAUGCGGUGAAGAUGACGUCGAAGGGCGAUGUGGCGUCGAGCGGUGAGGGAGUCAACGCGUCGUUGGCGUGGACCCAAGUGGAGACAGCUGCAACGACGGCACCGCCGGUGGUAGCAGCUUCGACGACGGUGGCCCACGGAACGGUAGCCGAGACGUCAGUGCCCGGGAACAAUUCAGUGGUCACCAAGAGCUUGCUAAAGAAGAACUCAACGCUCAACUCGAGUCGGGGUCCGCGGUUGUCGCCACCGACGUACCUCAAGAUCCUUGCUGCUCAUGACGACUGGCAUCCCGACGUCGGGUAUGCGCCGAUGCCAACAAGCUACCCCCUCGCCCGUACCUCACUGACGGCCACGGUUCUCAACGACGGUCAUUUGGAAAACACGCUCGUGGUCCUUGGCGACUCACACGCUGACAUGUGCAAGCCGCGGUUCGCGCAGCUCUUGGCCGAGCGUGGUCCGAGCCAAUUUCCGACCGUCUUGUACAAGUCGUGGAACGGUAUCGUCAAGCAGCUCAAGCCAAAGGCACUGCUGCAUGUCGCGCACUGGUACCAGUUCUUGCAGAUGCGCGGCGACGAUCACGCACCAGCACACGCGACGCCUCCGUGCUGCCCCGCGUACAAGCUCGACAAGUGCGAUGCGAUCCAAAACCAAGCCGACGUCCGAGGCAUCCUCCGCGCCUUCCAGGACGACAUGGCCGCGAUCACGCGACUCGGCAUCCGCGUGUUUGUGGCCACCAUGUCCCCCGAAGGUGCGGCGUUCGACUUCAACCACAUGCUCAGAGGCAGCAGCGUCGGCGCCGUCGGCCCCGUGAGCCGUAGCGCGUUUCGUGCCUCGCAGCAGCCGCUGCUCGGUAUGAUCGAAGACGCGAUCGUGGCAGCCAACGCGACUCUGAUCGACUUUUCCGAAAACCAGUGCGAUGGCGACGUGUGCGAGGUCCUCGACCCAUACGGACACCCGAUCAUGAAGGACUGGCACCACUUUCGAUCAGCGUAUGCGCGCCAGUACCUCGGUGUCCUUGACCAAGUUGUUGACGCAGCGAUGACAUAA